UAUCCCAGAACCCUUUGCGUGUUGGAAAAAAAAAACCCUGAGAAGCAGGGAAGUUUAUAUGUUGAGUGGAGAGGAGUGGGAAUAGGAUAGGAGCAACAGGCUGAGGGGAAACCAAGUAAAAGUGGUUUUCGGGGGCAAAUUAUGAAUAUUAACUGAAAUGCAACGCGAUAUGUUUUUUCUGGUUUGAAAAAAAACUGUUUUUUUUUCCUCGCGGGCUCAAACUUCUCAUAAGCCCGUUUAGUCUGCCGAUUUGUUUUGGCACUAACAAAUGGAUUUACGUCGAAGCCCAGGCUGCCUCUGCCCCGAGUGAAAAAUGAAAAUGCCUCUUCCUCUGCUCCAGCUCCUGUGCCGCGGUCUUCUCGAUUUCCUGAGGCGCACCGAAGUUGUUUCGUCGCAUUGAUGUCUCCCUCGCAGUUCGAGUUAUGCUUUCCCGAAAGAAAAGUAAAAACGAAGCGUCGAAACCAGCCGAGGUACACGGAAAAUACGUAAAAAAGGAGACGUCCCCCCUCUUGAGAAAUUUGAUGCCCUCAUUUAUAAGACAUGGGCCUACCAUUCCCAGACGCGCCGAGAUCCCUCUGCCGGAGCAGGGUCCCGCAGGGUAUCCCGUGGGGCCGGGCGAGCCAGUGGUCUCCCGGAACAAGAGCUUCCUGCGCGGGCCGGUGCAGAGGCCGCCCCACGAGAUUGCCAGGCGCGAGAGCAACCGCCUGUCAGCGCCGCCCUACCUUCCCCGCAGCCUGGGAGACCUUCCGCGGGAGUACGGCGGGUCCUCGCAGUCCUUCCUCACCGAGGCCACCCCGAUGGCGGAGAAUGGCGACGCCGGUGGCGCUGCCCGCUAUUACUAUUCUCCUGACCCCUAUUACGAUGGCCAGCGGCGGCGACACGUGCCAGACCGGUUUCACGAGGACUAUAGAUACUAUGAACACAAUAGCGACCACUUCCAAAGAGUACUGCCACCCUCGCAGCCCCAAGGCAGACAUGCUGCUAUUGGAAGAAUACAGGCAAAGUCACUGGGGAACUUGGCAACUCCCAGUGGAGAGGACUUGCCCCUACCUGCUGGCUGGACAGUUGACUGGACCAUUCGUGGCAGGAAGUACUACAUUGACCACAACACUAACACCACCCACUGGAGCCACCCGCUAGAGAGAGAGGGGUUACCUCCAGGCUGGGAGAAGGUGGAGUCUGCAGAAUUUGGGGUGUAUUACGUUGAUCACAUCAAUAAGAGGGCACAGUACAGACACCCUUGUGCUCCAAGUGUUCCUCGCUAUGAUCAGCCGCCUCCUCUCCCUCCUCCGGUCACUUACCAGCCUCGCCAGGCAGAUCGCAACCAGCCAGUGCUGGUGCCAGCCAACCCCUACCACACUGCAGAAAUCCCUGACUGGCUGCAGGUCUAUGCCAGGGCACCUCUCAAGUAUGACCACAUUCUGAAGUGGGAGCUGUUCCAGCUAGUAGAUCUGGACACCUAUCAGGGCAUGCUGAAGCUGCUGUUCAUGAAGGAGCUUGAGAGAAUUGUCAAGUCGUAUGAGGCGUACCGACAGGCCCUGCUCACCGAACUGGACACACGCAAGCAGCGACAGCAGUGGUAUGCCCAGCAGCACAGUAAGAACUUCACCGGAAAUAUGUAAUGAGGACAAUCAUGGUUCGCCUCACCAGAAAUGGGUUAUGGACUCCUUUGCUUCGUUCUCCUGGGGUCAGACAUCCCAAGACUUUGGAUUAUUUUUCUGGGUGUCUACUUACACACCUUUGCAGUGUGAAACAAAAUUGGUGGUGUCUGCAAACAUAGGUUGCAUGUCUCUGUGGCAUAUAAUGAUCAAGAUUGCUUUUAUCUGUUAAAAAUACUAAGAUCACAUCAUUAAAACAGUUCAAAAGUAAAAGAGGAUAGUGUAAAUCAUCAAAAGACUUCAAAAUCCUAAUGGGGUGAAAAAAUAUUGAUAGCUUGGUGAAUUUUACAAAGAAGUCUGCCACCUCUCCCCAGAAAUCAGGUGAUUUUUUUUUAUAUCUGAAGAGAUGGGUGAUAAAGACAAUGUUUUUGUUGGCGCUCAAAUAUUUGUUGUUUGGGAUUGGGAGUUAUGAAGUAGGCUUCUGUUACAUCUAUGGAUCAGCUGUUGGAAAAUAAAAGCAAGCAUGGAGACAGGAGUCUUCUACAUGUUGCACUGUGUGCCAAUCCAUAGAGGGUCUCUAGUCUUAUAAUUCAGCUUCUUCUCACAAAGUGAACAGACUCGUACCUGUACCAAUCACAGAUAAGCUAGACCAGGAUCUCUCUUUUAACAGGAAAGUGUUUGGGAGUCCUGGAUGUUCAGUCACUCUGUAUUAAGCAGAGCAAGGUGGGCAGCUUCAUUUUAAAAUGGGAAUCACUUCUGCUGUGGUCCUGUGUUUUUUUUUUAAUCAUUUCAUAAUGACUAUAUAAUAUUAUUUUCCCCCCUCUGUUACAUAUGUAUGCAUACACUUUGAAAUAUAAGGUAUUUUUAUAUUACCAUUAAAUAUUCUUUUUAUGUCACUACCAAAUGAUUUUAACCCCUUUUAAGAAGUGCUUGUGAUCCUGGUAGAUGACAUGAUGGCUGACUUUGAAUUUAUUUAGAGGACUUUUAAAUGUACUGGCAAAAAGCAUUGCAUUGCAAUGUGAGCCAUUCUGAAUUUUACCAGUAACUCCAGGAAUUUGGAGUGUGAGGUCUCCAAAGCCUAAACAGUAAUUGAAUUAAGGAGCUCUCUGCAUUAUUGUCAGUUCUUCAGAGAUCAAAAAUUGAAAAUGCUGACCUUUUUGUAACCAAUUAUAUAAUCUCACUUUAAGGGAUUACAAAGUACUGAAACCGUUUUUGCUUUCAGAAUUUUCAAAUAACAAUUUUUGGUUACUCUUUAGUGCUAAAACUCUGUUUAUUAAAAAAAAUAUGCAAUAAACCAAUCCUGAAUGUAAAGAUGUUAUCAUUUUAUGAUCCUCUAUAAUCAUUUCUAAUCACCUGGACCCCAAGCUUUUAUACUGCCUUUCAGGGGGGAGUUAAGGCUUUGUUUUUCACUCUUUUAAAGUGUUGAUUCUCUUCUUUUAAACAUAUUACCCUCCAUGACUGAGAGGAGGGAUACAUAUUAUAUAUUUGCUAAUGAGCCUUAUUCAAAAAAUGGACAUUGUGAUUUCAUUGGAAUGUUUUUUUUUUAAUUGCCAGGGUAUUUCUUGUUUAAAAAACAUGGUUUAUUUUUUUCAGUUGAAGGCGUGGCUGUUGAUCCUAAAUAUAAUGUUUUAACAUCCUUUCAGUUUUAUUUGAUGGUGUGUUGCAUCAACUGAGAGUCAUGGGACAGUUCUGGUUUUUAAAAAUUGGCUGUCACGAAAUUCAAAGCUUUCUUAAAACAUUUGAAUUCUAUUUAUUUUUUGUUCUGUCUGCCUCCUGGGUGUUUAAUAUAGAGACAGUUUAUUUGCAAGGUACAGUAAUUGUUAGAAAGUUUUAAAGAUUCACAGAAAUGAAUGCUUGUUUAAUUGUGUUCUAUUCACAGUAUCUUUAAAAAAACAGCUGGGAGCACAUUGUGUAAGUAAAGUCUUCGUUAUCUCAUUUUCAAGCUGAAAAACAGAUCAUUAUCCGGACAUUAAUAUUGAACUCUCCAGCAGUAAAGAAUAUUUAAUGUGUUAUCUUGUAUUCUGAUAAGCUGCUAUGUCCGUGUUGGGAAUAUUACUAAUUGAACCACUAUUCGAACAGAAAAGACCUUUCUUUCAACAGAAACAGAACAAUAUGAUGAUGAGCAUUGCCUUCCAUGGGAGGGGACACAGUGUCUAAAUUCUGCAAGUCAGCAAUAUUUUUCUUAAUUUGGGGCAUUUUGUAGAGGCCUUUUAUAUUGCCAAAUAACUGAUACUUUUUGUACAGAUUUCCUUUGUAAAUAGUUUUUUUUCCCCUUGCAACAAAUCACACAUUUUGGAAUUAAAACCUUAAACAAAAAGGGGUGGGGAUUCUGUUGUACCUGCCUUUAUUUAUGAAUUAUAUACUUCUAGUGCAAUAUACAUGUGUAUAAACACAAUAAAUCUUGCAAUAUCAACAACCUGUGACCUUACUAUAUAAUAAACAUCUCUUUAUGAAACAAAA